AUGAUACGCCUAUUGUCCUCCUGCUGGUCUAGAAUAAAGACAGACGAGAAACGAAGGAAUGUGACUAUCAUUGUCACUGGCUUGAGUAACUCAGGCAAAAGUCAUCUUGUGGCGGCCUUUCAAAGAUUACUUCCAAGCAAGAUACUCGAUGAUACGAAACCAACACUCAUCACACUCCUGCUAGAUAACUAUCAAGUAUCUGUCUAUGACCUCACUGGAGAUAUGAAAGGCCAAGAAAAAUGGCCAAGCUACUAUGCUCAGUCACAUGGAGUUGUUUUUGUUCUGGAUUCCAGCGACCUAACACGCUUGCAGGAAGCAAAGACGAUCUUAACACGCCUGAUGUACGAUAAAAGAGUGUCAGGAAAACCAAUCUUAAUUCUGGCAAACAAACAAGAUAAGAAGGAUGCCCUCUUACCUUGUGAUAUCAUCAAAUAUUUCCUUCUGGAAAGGCUAGUGACUGAGAAUAAGUCUGUGUGCCGAGUGGAGCCAUGCUGUGCCAUCAGAAACUUCCGAAAGAGGAACCAGUCUCCAAUAAUUACAGGGCUACGCUGGUUAUUAGCUGCCAUUGGAGAGCAAUAUGAUAUGUUGUGUACUCGCCAACAAGCACAAACUUUGAGCAUCCCAACCUCCAGGAACAUUAGAGGCAGCGGAGAAAGAUGUUCAUCAGACAGCCUAAAUCCCAGAGUGAGAAUAUUCAAAGACCAGAGACAGCAUCUUGAGAAAAGACAGAAUUCUGAAAAAAGACAUGUGGAGCAAAGACAACAUGUGGAUAAAAGACAUUUUGAGAAAAGAAGGCAUUUUGAUUCAAGGCAGCAUUUAUUACAACGUUCAAUGGAAGCUAGGCCCCUAAAGCCAAUCCUACAAAAAGAUGGUCUGAAAAUAAGGCCCAAAAAGAAUGUGUCAGUUACGUUCGCUUUGGACAUAGUAAUAGAAGAAGGGGAAUGCUCUCGGAAGAAUAGAGCUCAAAGCACUUCUAAGCCUUACUACAAUCGAGAUUAUGAUUUGCAGACUACAGCUCCAUGUAUAGAUAACAAUCUGUUCAGAGCCCAUAGGCCAAAAAGGAGAAUGGAUGCCUGGGACACAGAAGAAAUGUUACUGGAGGAUGGAAUAUCCCCAAGAAAAAGCCUUAUAGUCAUAUGGGAACCAGCUUGGGUACCUUAUGUCAUUGGUAGCUUUGAAGCUCAGCUUGUUCGUCAUGGAGGUGAGAAGAAUCUUACAGAAGCUUUAGUCUAA